GGGCCCGGGGCUCCACGAAGCGGCGUCGAACCGAUCGGCGAGCCGCGGAGGAGGAGGAGGAGGAGGAGGAAGAAGCGCUCCCGCUCUCACCCCUGCUCCCGCUGCGGGGAUCCGGGUUUUAAAGCGUAACAUGAAGCGUAACGGAAGCCGGACCUGCGUGACCAGGAAGACUCGCUUCGGCUCCCGGGAGAGGGACUGGCUGAAGGGCGACGCCCAGCGCGGGUGUGUUUGUCUGUACGAAGCCACCGAGGUCGUGACCCCGGGCCCCCAGACGUCGUCUACGACCCAGCCCGACCUCAGACUGGUGCUCUGCUCCACCAGCACUACGGUGGAGGAGCUGUGUGCCCAGCGCCACUGCCAGGGCCUUUACCUGCAGCUGCACGGAGACCUGAUCAGGAGGCUGGACUCGUCCGAGCGUCCUCUUCAGAUGGUGUACGAUUAUCUGACCACGAUGGGCUACGACGAUCCUGUGCGUGUCCAGCAGGAAGCGGCGAACUCUGACCUCAGCUGCAUGAUUCGCUUUUACACCGAGCGGCCAGUAAAUGCUGACCAGCAGGACCGGACCCUCCUGAAGGGCGUGUUCAGUGUGCGCAAGGGCAAAACGCAGCUCCACAAGUGGGCGGAGCGACAGGUGAUCCUGUGCGGGACGUGUCUCAUCGUGGCGUCGGUGAAGGACAGUCUGACGGGGAAGAUGCACAUCCUGCCUCUGGUUGGCGGGAAGGUGGAGGAAGUGAAGAGGAGGCUGCACUGCCUGAUGUUCAGCUCAGCCGGACCUCAGGCUCACACCUACUACGUUAACUUCGACACGCUGGCUGAGUAUCAGCGCUGGCAUCGGCAGGCCUCCAAAGUGGUGUCUCAGACCAUCAGCUUGGUGGAUUUGUCCUGCUACAGUCUGGAAGAACUUCCUGAGUAUCUCUUCUACAGCCAAGACGUCACACACCUCAACCUACGCCACAACUUCAUCAGUCUCGAGGGUCCUGGAGGUCUUUGUAACUUCAACAGGUUCACUCAGCUGAAGAGUCUCAACCUGUCCCACAACCGUCUAGGCGCGUUCCCCGAGGCCGUGUGUGAAAUCCAGACUCUGUCCGAGCUCAACCUGUCCUGUAACGGUCUCGGCUCCGUGCCCGCUCGCAUCGGCAACCUCCAGAGUCUGCAGACUCUCUCCCUGGAUGGGAAUCUCUUGAGCUCUCUGCCUGAUGAAUUGGGGGAUCUGGUGCAGCUCUGCAGUCUGGGGCUGUCCUUCAACUCGUUUCCCCACAUCCCCCUCGUGCUGGAGAGGCUAAGCGGUGUGGACCGGCUGCUCAUGGCCGGGAACCGAGUCGAAGCCUUGGAGCUCUGCAGCCUGCUGAGGAUGAGUCACGUCAAGAACAUCGACUUACGGUUAAAUGGGCUCUGCAAAGUGAAAAGUGAGACUCUGGAGCCCAUAAAGCAGCUCAUCCAGCUGGAUCUGAGGGACAACCGCCUGACAGAACUGGACCUGAGCGCCGCCUGUAACCUGGACACCCUGCACUGUGAGCGCAACCAGCUGGAGGCGCUCACGCUCAGCGGCUUCACGCUACGUAGCCUGUACGCCAACAACAACCGUUUGUCUACAAUCAGCAUCUAUCCGGUUCCUAAUCAGCUCACACACAUGGACGUGUCCUGGAAUGUCCUGGAGUACCUGCCCGACUGGGUGUGUGACAGCAGAAAGCUCGAGGUGCUGGACGUCUCCCACAACCUGCUGUUGGAGCUGCCGGCCAGACUCCUCAGUGGUCUGAGUCUGAGGAAGCUGCUGGUUGGCUGUAACUCAUUACAGCGCGUCCCUGAGCUACUCGAUCACAUCCCGCUGGAAACCCUCGACCUGCAGCACAACAAACUCACCGAGCUCCCGGAGAGCUUCUUCUCCAAGGCCUUAAAUUUAAAAUACCUGAAUGUGUCCGCCAAUGCGCUGGAGACGAUCCCGCCGAGUAGCCAAACCGAGGAGAGCCUCAGCACCCUCCAGGAGCUCUACCUCACCAGGAACAACCUGAACGAGAACUGCGCCGCCCUGCUGGUGGGACACCAGAAUCUGCGGGUUUUGCACGUGGCCUAUAACCAGCUGCAGUCUUUCCCCGCAAGUAAGCUGAGUAAGCUGGAGCUGCUGGAGGAGCUGAACGUAAGUGGUAACAAGCUGAAGACCGUCCCCUCCACUGUGUCCAGCUGUAAGAGACUUCACACACUCAUCUCACACUCCAACCAUAUCAGUGUCUUCCCCGAAGUUCUCAACCUGCCCGAGAUUAAGCUGGUAGAUGUGAGCUGUAAUGAGCUGACCGAGAUCAUCCUGCCUGAUUCCGUCCCGGCUACGCUGCAGGAACUCGACCUGAGUGGGAACAGCAGCCUGAUGCUGGAACACAAAACCCUCAACAUGUUCAGCCAUAUAACUACGCUGAAGCUGGACCAGAAGCCGUCUCAGAGCACAGCGGACUCACAGGGCUCAUGCGUCUUUUGGGAUCACGGCUACGCCGAGAUGAGCGGCCAGAGGAACAAGUUGUGUGUGUCCGUGCUGGCCAUGGAUCGUUUCGGGGACGGCACAGAAGCGGUUUACGGGAUUUUCGAUGGCGACCGGAACGAGGAAGUACCACGGUUGUUGCAGUGCACCAUGGGAGACGUGCUGGCUGAAGAGCUCCAGCACAGCAGUGUGGACACCGUGUACAUGUGCAACACGUUUCUCACUUCACAUAGAAAGCUGGGGAUGGCUGGGCAGAAGCUCGGGGCGUCAGCUCUCCUCUGCUACAUUCACCAUGAGGCCUCUGAUUCGAGCAGCUACUUCAGCCUGACCGUGGCCAAUGUAGGAACCUGCCAGGCUGUGCUGUGCCGCGACGGCCACCCACUGGCGCUGUCCAAAGUACUUAGCCUGGAGCACAGUGCUGAGGAGAUGGAGAGAGUCAAAACAGCCAAGGCUAUCAUCACUGAGGAUAACAAGGUGAGUGGUGUUACAUGCUGCUCUCGCCAGUUGGGAUGCUCCUAUCUGUCCCCCUGGGUCCUCCCCAAGCCCUGGGUACGAACUGAACCCCUUUGCGCUCAGGAUGAGUUCCUGAUCCUGGGAAACAGGGCGCUUUUCCAACAUCUUUCUUACCAAGAGGCGGUAAAAACUGUGCUGGCAGUCCGAGAUCCUCGAGCCGCUGCCAAAAAGCUCUGCACACUUGCCCAGAGCUAUGGGUGCAGGGACAAUGUCGGGGCAGUAGUCGUAGCCCUACGCAUCGGUGAGGACAGUUGUACCUGUGAUCCUCCGCUCUCCACGGAGGUUCGAGGACCAGUCGUACCUCCUACCCCCAUUCCCAUAUCUGUGCCACCUCUUGACCCGGCCACUCCUUCUUCAAGUAGUGGCAUCGCCUCAGAAUUCAACAGCGAGACAUCUGCAUCUGAGGUGGGAAGUGAGGCUGGAUCCACAGCGUCUGACGAGCACACGUCGUCAGGCCCAAAUGCUCGGCCUGAGCGCCGCUGCAGCUUGCAUCCAACUGCCACGAUUUGCAACACUGGAGGUCCUGGCAGUCUCAUAUCUGGAACUCACCCUGCUUUGUUCCAGCGCCAGCCAUCCUCUGCAACAUUUUCCAGCAACCAGUCUGACAACGGUCUAGAUAGCGAUGAUGAGGCUCCACUGGAGGGCGUCAUUUCCAACGGGAGUAAGUUGGAAGUCGAGGUGGACAUCCAUUGCUGUGCUUUCCAGCUCCGCUCUGGACGUCCAGAAAGCCCCAAGGAUCUCGAUCUCCGCAACUCCGACUACACCAACAGCAAGAUGCGCCGCCAGAACAGUGUGGUGGUGUCAACCGCUAAUGGCUGUCUUCUUGCCGUUUGUGGCAGAGAGAUCUCGGACCUCAAGAAAUCUCCGUCUACAUCCAGUCUGUUUGGGAAGAAGCUCUCUAAUGGUUCUGUUGUGGCGCCAGAGGACAGUCACAACAUCAUUGAGGUAGCACUCGAAGCACCGAAGAAGAAGUCUGGUUACUUUGCAGCACCCGCCCAACAGGAUCCAGAGGAUCAGUUAAUCAUACCACCCAGUCUUGAACAAGAUGUUCGGGAACAGCUGAGGGGCCAAAGUCCUGUGGUUUCUGGCCCUCCGCCUCCCUUAACACCUCCUACAAGCAGAGAUUCAAACUGGGAUCACCCUCAACCUGGUCUCCCUCCUGCUACCUUUCAACAAGAGGUCUACGACACUGCUCUGUGACCAACACUACCCGACAUGACCUAGUGCCAUAUUGUGGAGAUGGAUGAGAUUUAUUUUUUUCUGCCCAGUUCUUAUUCAGCUCUAUCAUUGUGUAAAGAUUGUGCAUGUGCUUUUGUUGCGAUAUUCCACUUACCUGCAGCGGUCUCUGGUAAAUCUUAGGAGCAGGAAUUAUUGAUAAAACGUGCACAAAACUAAUGAAGCUCUUGAAAGAUGGCUUUCUUGCGACAACCACAAUGUGAACUGAAAUACCUCAUAUACAACCUUGCAUAAUGACCUAGCUUCAUAGCCCUUUAUGACAUUAUUUGGCAGAAAGGUUCUUCGGGCUUAAAUCAUGACCAAAAGGUAAGAAAAGUGCCUACUGCAGAUGGUUCCGGCUCUUUAGGGCCUCCAUUGGUCUGGUGUGCUUUCACUGUCACCCAGAAUUGUAGUUUUUUUUUUUCCUGCCUAAAACGAUCUACUCUAUCCUAUAUCUUUUUUUUUUAAUUAUUGUUGUUGGGAUAAAAAAAGUAGUUGAAGCUUUCUUGAUCUUGUCUGGUGGAGUGCAGAUCACAGAACAAACUACUUAAGCCAUUGGAAGGAUGGCACACACUGUUUGGCUUCUUCCAGCCUUUCUGGAACCUUCUGCACAACAUAUGCACCCCAUACCACAUCUUGUCAUGGUGGACAUCGGUCAUUGGGAUGUUAUUCAAUCAGGAUUGGGACUGACAAAGAGGAACCAAGUCAGACUUGAUUAUAUAAUUUUUGAGUUGCAGUUGCAAUCUCGUCCAAUCAGAAAGAGACGUUAUUUGACGUAAACGGCUAAAAUCGGCUUAAUUGUGAGUUGUUAGGAGUACUUGAAGCGUGCCAUUAGAGACUGAAUUAUCGAAGCACUCAUGCCCAAAGCUUUCGAGGCUUAAAGACUGUACAUAUUUGGUCUUUGCACUAAAAGUGCUGCAAACGUAACACUGGUACUGAUAGAGCAUGAAUGGGGUAUUUUUCAUCCUAUAUCUGAACUGCUAAGCUAAUUAAUUAAUUACAAGAAUCUACAUUAUAUACAUCUGUUCUCCUAAGUGAGUUUAUGUCUGUGCACAACACCUGAUUUCACCCGAUCCUGACUUAAGAUGUGAUUGUUCUUGCUCCAUUGAUAUAUGUUGAAUUUCUUUUUUUUAUGUCAAAAAUGAAGAUGAACGAAUGCAGCAGAUGCCUUUACAUCACCUGUGAUUAAGCUUUGUGUUAACACAACAUGCACUUAUAACUUAUAUCUCCAGUUUUAGUUGAAUUUGGAGAUUUUGUCUCAGCACUCAAGGUUCCUCGAGGACCAGGAGUGAUCUCUGAUGAGAAUGCACAAUUGGAGACCGUUUUGCCAGACAGCGCCAUGCUCACGAAAACCUCUCCCAGUUUCCCCAGUUAGUCUUCAGAAAGCUUGUUUAACCAUUCUGAUGCCUUAUUUGGCGACAUUUCAGCCGUCUUGGUAUGCAUCCUUGGUCCCCAGAGCUCACAGUAUUAAUAAGGGUCUCAUUCCAGAUUAUUGUGUGUCAUAGUUACUAUAUCAUGCUGAUGAAGAUGCACUACAUCAGUUGCUAAAUUGUAAUCUCCGUCAUGUUAUGUUGUCCUUGCAGCCUUUUCUAAACUACUCGGACUCCGUCUCAUUUUACAGAGGUACAUAUUUUUAAGUAACAAGAUUUCCGUUCCAUUAGUAUGCCAUAAAUAUAGCAGUUAUAUCGAAGUUAUUGCUUGUCCAUACUGAUGGGAGUCAGUAACCAUUGUACUGUAUAAUCAAUCACCGGUUGGAGUAAAACAAUCCCUUAUCGAUUACUAAUCGGCUUGAUUGCAAAGCACAAUUCUUCUUUGAUAGUCCAGCUAAACCGAGACGAGAGCUUUCAAAGUCACAGCGGAUUUAAUACAAAUUUAACAUGUGAACAUGCGCAGUUAUCUGCCUUAUACGCGUGUGUGUUUCCUUUAAACAGCGGUUGUCCUGUUGUGAAGAAAAAAAACGCAAUAUUUUUGGGGGGUUUCGGCAUUUUUAACGAUUGCGAUCAAAUAUUUUUAAGAAUCGAUCAUUUAAAAUACACAGCAAAUCAAAUGAUCAUCGACUACAAUCGAUGAUCGUCCCAUCAGUCCAUGCAAUUGUAGGGACUAUUGUCAGUCUCUGUCCUUAUAUUUAGUUCCACCUCCAUAUGGUGAGUAGCUGGAUAAGCAAUUUGAAACACAUUUUCUAACAUUCUAACAUUUUUAAUCCUGUUAGAAUCUCCAGAUUUCUGUGUAUUCUUAUUAAAAAAUCACCUCUGACCUUAAUGAAAUUUAUCUUCCAGUUAAAGCACUUAAUCAUUAGUGCAAAGAAAUGCAGAAGACUUAAAAAUGACAUUCCACUGUGAGGUCAAGACUCCAACUUCAACUUCUUUUUCCAACUCAGUGGCCAUUUAUUCACUGAUAAUGCUUCAGUAAGAAAUAUUACUUUUCAAACUAUCUGUUGAUUUAAUGUUUUGGUCUAAUUCAUAUAAAUUGCUUUUUGCAUGCGGGUCAGAUUAAACAAGUAAACACAGGACAAUCAGAACGGUCAAUGGAGUGGCCUUUAUAAUUCUAAAGUUCACGGUUAGAAAAAAAUCCCCUUCCUGUAUAUUUACGCAAAAGUGUUUGUUUUUGUUCAUUUUUAUGAUUUAUUACAAUUUAUAAAGAAAUGUUCUUCACGCUUUAGGUUUGUCAUUCUUUGUGCCAACACAAACAGCGGUGUUCAAGUCAAACUGGGACUUGUGAUGAAAUGUCUGGUAAAUGAAGGCGUAAAAGAGAUUGACAUUUAAGCGCAUUUUAGUGAGACUCUUAGUAAAACAUUUGAUGGUGAAAAAGUUUUAAAUAAGCCUGUACUUCCUGUACCCGAGGUGGCUAGAAGCACACUACAGUCGUUCCCGUAAACUGUGUUCUGUCAUUCUGCACAAUCAAAAGUCCUAGUUUGACUCGAACGUCCCUUGAACAUGCGGAAAAAGUUGCCACUUUUAAAAUGGUGCAGCCCACAUUAUUCACUUAAAAUGUUUUUUUUUUAACAUUAAAACCAAUCAGGUCCAAAAGUGAGCUUGGGCAAAAACAACAACAUGGAGGACAAAGUGUUGGUGAAAAGUGUGUCUUGUUAGUGAGAGUUAGAGAUUUACACCAGAUCAAAUUGGCAGAGUGUCCAAAAUUCCAGCUUUGCAGUGUAAAAGUGUACGACAAUGUAAGUUUUAUGACAACACACAAUCGAGUCGCACAGUUGUUUUUGACCAAACAAUUUAUAAAGUAAUUUAAUGACCACUGAUUAAUAUAUUACAAUUAUCAAAUGAUUAAAAACCCUAAAUAAUUAGAACAAACGGGAUCUCUUUAUGUCUUUGGCUUUUAACUUAUAACCUCGUGACUAAGAGCAGAAAAUUGUACACCAUGAUCCGAAUCUUGUUGCUACGAUUAGUAUUAUGCUUCACUUUGUUUUGUUUUUUUGCCUGCAAGUAAAUAAUUAACAAACACAAGAUGGAAAGAUUGUUAAUGUAUUAUGCGUAUUACGUGUGUGUGUUUUCUUUAAGUGUUACCUUGAAUGUAUAUUUUAUUUUAUCAUCUUUAGGACAUCUCAAAUAGGUUUUUUUUCUUUUUUUUUUAAACAAAUGAACGCGUGUUGUGGACAGAUUUUGAAAGACGUUAGUUUCUUUGCCAUGUGACCAAAGUUCCAUCUCACUAUUAUUUCUGUACAUUAUCUUUUUUUUUUCUAGAGACACUUAUAUUUUCUCUCAAUGCCAAGAAGCUGAGGUUUAUUUUUAUACGUCAUUGAUUCAUGCAGAUUUGUUGGUCUUUCAGUACAAAAUCAAGUGCUUUGUCAUCCCAUCAAAAUGUUUUAUUUGACAAAAAUUAUAUCUGUAUUAAAUGUCGGAAGCAUGCCCUAUAUAAAUACCUACAUAUAAUUCAAAAUAUGAAUAUAUACCAACUGGUUACUUUGUACAACACAACCUGUCUGUUUAUAAGAAUUGUUUUAAAUAUCCAAAGUCUAAUGUAUAUGAUAUUUUUAUGUUGUUUUCUUUUUUCUUUUAAGCAUGAAGAAAUCUGCUGGAUAGUUUAUGUUCUAUAUUUAAUAUAAUGAGUUCUAAAGGGGGAAAACAAUUGUUCUGUUGAUUUAAGAGAAGGAUUAACGCGAGCACUUUUGCUGUUUGUCAGCUAGACUUUCAACCUCUUCAGAUUUCGAGGGUGGGUGACGGAUCUUUAUUUCAUUUGAGAUGCUGCUAUGACUAGUUUGGAGCAGAAAAGCUGUAUUUUUAAUUACCUUUUCAGCCAAGUAGCAAUAAACAUUUAUACUGUG